GAAUCGAAAUAAAUUGAUGCGCACAUGUACUUGACAGAACAGAACACACGGUGCCCCACAAACCUCUUUUGUUAUUUUCUCAAUCGAUCGUGUACAUUGUCUCCAUUGAGUCUCUUUCUCUAAAAAUUCUUCCUUCUCCUACCAUACCCUAGUAUCUGCUACACCCCUUUAGAGAUGGACGACUACUUGAAUUUGUUUGUUGAAGAAACAUCGUUUUACAAUAGGAUAGUUCUUGGAACAUUCUUGCCUGAAUCAUGGUGGGGAACACUCCCUCAUUGGUUUCAAGGAUGGAUCAGAAACUACAUUGGUGGAGUGUUGCUUUACUUUGUUUCUGGUUUUCUUUGGUGCUUCUACAUCUAUUACUUGAAGCGCAAUGUUUAUCUCCCUAAAGAUGCCAUCCCUUCAAAUAGAGCUAUGCUCUUGCAAAUAGGAGUUGCCAUGAAGGCUAUGCCAUGGUACUGUGCCCUUCCAUCACUUUCCGAGUACAUGAUUGAAAGUGGGUGGACAAAAUGUUUCUCAAGAAUAAGCGAUGUUGGAUGGCUUUCCUACCUUAUCUAUGUCGCAGUUUAUCUGGUAAUAGUAGAAUUUGGUAUCUACUGGAUGCACCGAGAGUUGCAUGACAUAAAACCUCUGUACAAAUAUCUUCAUGCUACACAUCAUAUUUACAACAAGCAGAAUACACUCUCCCCAUUUGCUGGUUUGGCAUUCCACCCAUUGGAUGGAAUACUACAGGCAGUGCCACACGUAGUAGCUCUUUUUCUGUUACCUGUGCAUUUUACCACACACAUAGCUCUCUUAUUCAUAGAAGCCAUAUGGACGGCAAAUAUCCAUGACUGCAUACAUGCGAAGGUUUGGCCUGUAAUGGGUGCUGGCUACCAUACCAUCCACCAUACUACGUACCGCCAUAAUUAUGGUCACUACACAAUAUGGAUGGACUGGAUGUUUGGAACUCUUCGUGAUCCUGUUGAAGAUGAAGUCAAGAAAAUGUAACAUUCAUAUCUUUAACCAAUGGUCUCGUUAUUC